AUGUACAGGGACGCAGUCGCGGCGGAUGCCACAGAAGCUAAGGAUCCCGCCAAGGAAAGCAAGAAGAAGAGAAAUAGCAAGGAUGCCCGCAAGGAAUCCGGCAAACGUACAUCUUCGGAGUACGUUGCGCCCGUCGAGGACUUGCCAGAGAGUUCUAACAGCAAAAGAUCCAAGGCUGGUGCACCCGCUGUGAAAAAGAUGCGCAAAAAUUUCUUCGAUCGUCUCUACCAUGGCAUCUGGUCCUUUGAUGAGUACUUCAUCUUGAAGAAGGACGCCAUGGGAAGGAUUGGUUUCUCUAGUUACCAGAAGUGCACGGCCGCAUUGCGGAUGCUUGCAUAUGGCACGACCGUUGAUUUGUGGGACGAGUACCUGCGGAUGUCCGAGAGGACAUGCGAAUAUGCCAUGGUAAGGUUUGCAACUGUCGUGGUCUCGGUGUUUGGGCCACAGUACCUGAGAGAACCAACUGUGGCAGACACCAAGAGGCUCUUGGCAAUCUCAGAAGCAAGAGGGUGGUCAGGUUUGCUCGAAUCGCUUGAUUACAUGCAUUGGAAAUGGAAGAACUGUCCAAAAGCUUUGCAAGGGGAAUAUCAAGGUCAUGUUAAGAAGCCCACCAUCAUUCUUGAAGCAGUUGCAUCACAAGAUCUUUGGAUUUGGCAUGCCUGA